CGAUUCUGCUCUGACAAGCUGAAAAACACUGAAAACAAGCACAAACACAAACAAAACUCGAUCGACUCCAAAGCAGAACAAAAGCAUUCUUUAAGAUUUUGAAACUGUCUUUGCAAGCUUAAAAGCAACAGAAUGUCCGUUGAAAUGAUGGAAGACAGACGGUGUGAUAAGUAUGGAGGCUGUGAAGGCCCAGAUGCCAUGUUUGUGAAGCUCAUCUCUUCAGAUGACCACGAGUUCAUCAUUAAGAGAGAGCAUGCCAUUACUUCUGGAACCAUCAAGGCCAUGCUGAGUGGCCCUGGUCAGUUUGCUGAGAACGAGACCAAUGAGGUGCACUUCCGUGAGAUUCCGUCUCAUGUGCUGCAGAAGGUGUGCAUGUACUUCACAUACAAGAUGCGCUACACAAACAGCAGCACUGAAAUACCAGAGUUCCCUAUUGCUCCCGAGAUUGCCUUGGAGCUGCUGAUGGCUGCCAAUUUCCUUGACUGUUAAAACAAUUCUUGAGGUUUUGGUGCUUUGUAAGUUGCCAAUACCUUUUCUCAAUAACUGAAAAUAACAUUUUGUUCAAUAAAUACUAAUUGCUCUUGUGAAACAGAAUUCCUGAUAUGUAUUGUUUGAGCAGAUAAAAUAAAAGACGAUCUUUAAAUUCA